GCUGCAGAAGCACCGGAGGCUGAGGAGGCCGGGCCGGGGCCGGGGCCGGGGCCGCCUCCUCGCGGAGCCGCCGCCGCCCGGAGCCUCCCGCGGGACCGCGACCAGCGUGGGACUUAAGGGCGAGGAGGAAGAGAGGCGAGGCCGGCGCAGCCAUGGAGGAAGCAUCUCCUUUUUCCUUAUUGGAUAUUUGUUUGAAUUUCCUGACCACUCACUUGGAGAAGUUCUGCUCGGAAAGACAAGAUGGAACUCUGUGUCUGCAGGAACCGGGCAUGUUUCCCCAAGAAGUGGCAGAUCGGCUUCUGCAGACGAUGGCCUUUCACGGCCUGCUAAAUGACGGAACCGUGGGAAUUUUCCGAGGCAACCAAAUGCGCCUGAAGCGAGCGUGCAUCCGCAAAGCCAAGAUCUCCGCUGUGGCUUUCCGGAAAGCCUUUUGCCACCAUAAGCUGGUUGAACUCGAUGCCACGGGUGUGAAUGCGGACAUCACCAUCACGGACAUCAUCAGCGGGCUGGGCAGUAACAAAUGGAUUCAGCAGAAUUUGCAGUGCCUGGUGCUGAACUCGCUCACCCUUUCCCUGGAAGAUCCUUACGAACGGUGCUUCAGCCAGCUGUCCGGCCUUCGGGCUCUGAGCAUUACCAACGUCCUCUUCUACAACGAGGACCUGGCUGACGUGGCCUCCCUGCCGAGGCUGGAGAGCCUGGACAUCUCCAACACGUCCGUGACGGACAUCACGGCGCUGCUCACCUGCAAAGACAGGCUCAAGUCCCUGACCAUGCACCACCUGAAGUGCUUGAAGAUGACCACCACCCAGAUCCUGGAUGUGAUCAGAGAGCUCAAGCACCUGAACCACCUGGACAUUUCGGACGAUAAGCAAUUCACCUCUGACAUAGCUCUGCGCCUCCUGGAGCAGAAGGAUAUUCUGCCCAACCUGGUGUCUCUGGACAUUUCCGGGAGGAAACACGUGACCGACAAAGCCGUGGAAGCCUUCAUCCAGCAGCGGCCGACCAUGCAGUUCGUAGGCUUGUUGGCCACCGACGCCGGCUACUCAGAAUUCCUCACCGGUGAAGGCCACUUGAAGGUAUCUGGAGAAGCCAACGAGACUCAGAUUUCGGAAGCAUUGAAGCGAUACAGUGAGAGGGCCUUCUUUGUCCGGGAAGCCCUCUUUCACCUCUUCAGCCUGACCCAUGUCAUGGAAAAAACAAAGCCCGAGAUAUUGAAGCUGGUGGUCAUCGGAAUGAGGAACCACCCCAUGAACUUGCCAGUCCAGCUGGCAGCGAGUGCGUGUGUGUUUAACUUGACCAAGCAGGACUUAGCCGUGGGGAUGCCCGUGCGACUCCUGGCCGACGUGACCCAUCUGCUGCUCAAAGCCAUGGAGCACUUUCCUAAUCACCAGCAGCUACAGAAAAAUUGCCUUCUCUCACUAUGCAGUGACCGGAUCCUUCAGGAUGUUCCAUUUAACAGGUUCGAAGCUGCCAAGCUUGUCAUGCAGUGGCUCUGCAACCAUGAAGACCAGAACAUGCAGAGGAUGGCCGUGGCGAUCAUCUCCAUCCUCGCCGCAAAGCUUUCAACGGAACAGACUGCCCAGCUAGGAGCCGAGCUCUUCAUUGUCAGGCAACUUCUCCAGAUAGUGAAGCAGAAAACCAGCCAGAACUCCGUGGACACGACCCUCAAGUUCACCCUGAGCGCCCUUUGGAACCUCACGGAUGAGUCCCCAACCACCUGCAAGCACUUCAUAGAGAACCAAGGGCUUGAGCUCUUCAUGCGGGUACUGGAGUCCUUCCCGACAGAGUCCUCCAUUCAGCAGAAGGUCCUUGGCCUUUUGAACAACAUAGCGGAAGUCAAAGAGUUGCACUCUGAGCUGAUGUGGAAGGACUUCAUAGACCACAUCAGCAAACUCCUGCACAGCGUGGAGGUGGAAGUCAGCUACUUUGCAGCGGGAAUCAUCGCUCACCUGAUAUCCCGAGGGGAACAGGCCUGGACGCUGAGCCGCACGCAGAGGAACGCCCUCCUCGAUGACCUGCAUUCAGCCAUUUUGAAAUGGCCGACACCGGACUGCGAGAUGGUGGCGUACAGGUCUUUCAAUCCGUUUUUCCCAUUGCUUGGCUGCUUUACGACCCCUGGCGUGCAGCUGUGGGCGGUGUGGGCCAUGCAGCACGUCUGCAGCAAGAACCCCGCCCGCUACUGCAGCAUGCUCAUCGAGGAAGGCGGGCUGCAGCAUCUGUACAACAUCAAGGAGCAGGACCAGACCGACCCCCACGUCCAGCAGAUCGCCAUCGCCAUCCUGGACAGCUUGGAAAAACAUAUUGUCCGUCAUGGGCGGCCCCCCCCGGGGAAGAAGCAGUCCCAGGCCAAGCUCCAUUAGGAGCCCCGGCUCGUGGGGUCCCGGCCGGCCCCGGCUCUGUGGCGGGCUCCUCCUCUGGGCUUCGGUCAGCAGGCCCGCUGACGCGAGGAGCCUUGGACCUUCACGCUGUAAGGUUAUUUAUUAGUGGACGUGGACAGUGGUGCCCCUUCAAGCACGUCUCUGAUCCCCGUUGUGAUUUUUGCAGAAACGAGAGGCACGAGGGGAGGGUCCUCGCGGCCUCCCGGACGCCUUUCGGAGACCUUCCCACAUAAUUCCUUUGGUGUGUUACCUGUGCUUGUGAGAUUGUGCAUCAUCGUGAGGAACUCUGGGCCGUGAGCCGCUGCAGAGACCGGUCCACGUUCAGGGGAGCGGCCGGGGCUCGGCGCCACACGCGUUUGCUUGUUCUGCCUGGCCCAGCCUCGGCCUGCGGUGCCCUUUGGGGGAGUGGCAGCAGGGCCGCGCGUCCCGGGUCCCGCCCGCUGGAGAAGGGUCAGGCGGCCCGGCUCGGGGGGAGAGGCAGAAGAGGGGCGGGCGCGCGGCCCCAAGCAUGUGCGCCCUCCCUCGGCUGCUCGGCCGUUUUCUUGUAAAAGUUCUUGGUACCCCUCCCCCUUCCAUUCUCAGCUCCUUCUGACUUGUUUCUUGUGAAAUGUCCCAAGAUCCCCCUCGCUUGUUGGUUGCGCUGUGGAGGUGUGGCUCUGUCUCUGGGCUCCUGGGGGAGUUUUCCUGUUUCACAUCUGUCUCUGUCCAAGGCUGCGCCCCACGCUCUGCCGCCUGCCGGGAAAAGCUCUGGCAAUGACGGGGACUGCGGCACGAAGCCCUGGGUCCUCCCUGUUUUUGUGUUGGCGUCCCAUCCCGGUCUCACUGCCAGAGGAGGGAAUGACAGCCGGGAAGGGAGCUGGGCCCUGGGGGCAUCGUGUGGUCCGGAGCCUCCGCCUCGUGGGGCAGAGUCCCGUUCAGGGAGAAAGAUGGCGUCCACCUUUGCUUUGCAACACAACCGCCAUUUCCCUGCAGCGGCCCGUGUUGGGAACAGGCUGGACGCUGUGUUCCCGUCAGGGAGGGGCCUUCGUAAGACUGCACAGGUCCUAAAGAAAUGUCUUCUUUCAAAUUCGACUAUCUCACUAGCAUGCAGUUAACAUCUUUGUUUGGUCUCGUUGCACAUGACUGAGAAUAAUUCAACUUUAAUUUUGGAAUCUGCUUGGUCAGAAUGAAAGUGGAGUUCAGUUAAAAGGAAGAAAAUCAGUCAAUUCCCGGGGAAUGGAUUUCUUGCAGUCCUGGAGGGCAAGGAAGUCUUGUGGACUUGGCCCUUUAUCACAGGUGAAAUCCGCUUCCAGGGGACUUAGUAGAUUCUCUUUUUUUUUUUGGGGGGGGGGGGAGAAAACCUGAUGUCACAUUCAUAUAAAACUGAAUUUAAUUUCACUUUUCCCUUCUGGGUGUGGUUCUUUUAACUUCUUUUAAAUCAUCACUAACUGUGUGACACAGUGGCAGGAAAAACUUCCAUGUGGCUGAUCAGAGAUCAGGGAAGCUGCCAUCCUGCGGCUGAACAUCAAGGGGGGAAGGGGGAGAUUGGCUUCCCCUUUCUGUUCUACCCCAUACAGGAUGACAGCUUGCGUGCUGCUCCCCUGGAAAGGUCAGGCUUAGGGAAGGAGCCGCUUCUCCAAAUCAGUAAAAAUGGCUCGAAGAUGGAAAGGUUUUUUUGCUGUUUCGGUACGGGCCAGAUGAGCCCUCCGGUGGGAACCAGGUAGCUGUUCUUUUAACUUGAAUUUUUAAAGUUUAAUUUAACUUUGAUCCCGCCCUCUGGCCCCCAUCAGCCACGGGCAGAAGCAGUGGAGGAGGAGCUCCCCAGCCAGCGGUUGUGUUUAAAAAUGCUAGUGCCUUUCUUUCCGAGGUGUGAUGGUGCAGGGAGGCGCGAGGUGCAGUUGUGCUGCGAUGGGUGUAAACGGGGCGGGAGUGACCGGCCGGCCCGUGGGGCGGGCCCAGACCUUGCACCUUUAGGUAGUAGAGUACCAGCAGGUGACAGUUACCUCUCCUAUGGUCAGGGGUACUUCAUCAAGCGUAAAUCCAGUGGGCGAGGGCGGAUCCACUCCCCAGCCUGCGAGCGUUCCGUGAGGAGCUCUCCCCGCGGUCGGCGUGCACUGGGGACAGAUACGAGAGCCGUACCCGGGCGGGCCUGAAAGUUGUCCAGGACUGUUUGUGUCCCUCUCUUUCCCCACGGAUCCUUGACCGACUGACACUACAUGACGGCCCCCUGGGUUUGUGCAAUGAGCAAGCACUAGAAGGUGUUGAAGAGGCUGCUUUGGCUUCUCCGGCCAAGCAGUCGGUGGUUCCUGCCAGUGGGAAUCGGCUUGUUAUUUGUGGGUGUUUGGGGUUUUUUAUUUAAGAAUGUAGGACUCUGGGAAAUGAGGCUGUUGUGGCUCAGAGUGGUCCUAGCGUGCCAGUGACCAGCCCGCCCGUCGGCCCCGAAGGGUGUGGGGGCCCAGAUAAUGGCGGGCUGUGGUCACGUGAGGAGGUUGUUUGCAGGGAUCCCCGGAGAGUGGAUGGGAGGAAAAUUGCUGCUGUUAAGGGACGGUCUGGGGACCGUGUCUUUGCAACCAAGGCUAACCCAUUGGAAGGUGGUUUUUAGCCUGUCCUGAUUUCUUCCCUCGAGGUGUUUCAGGAGUAAGACCCCUUCUACUGAACCCUCUGAUCAUGUGCCGAGGAAAGAGGGACAAGGAGGCGGCGCCCAAGGCCGCAGACUGGGGGGGUGGCUGACUUGCUGUGACCGCGGCAUUGUGGUCUAGUCUCCUCCCCUUCCUGCUCCUGACCGUCCCCCCUCAGACACAUAGUGGGGCUUCAGAUGGCCCCGCUUGCCAUGGAUGUGGCUGUGGGAAAAGCCUGCUUCCAUGCUCGGUGCCCCCUUUGGAGGUGGCUCCUCGCUUCCCCCCCCCAGUUUGAACAGAGCCCACCAGAGAAGCUGGAGAGCCUCUGCCUCCGCUUAGUUACGCCUUUGAUGGAUGUUCUGUGGCUUUCGGCUCUUGGCUAACGGCACCGGUCGGCCUCGGGCCCACAGUGGCUCCGGCGGGAGCCUGCGCCUUCUCUCGGCUCCGGGCCCACUCCUCCCUCCCCCAGGCUUGCGAGUAUCUGCGUCCCCGCCCGCCGUCUCCCGGGGCCUCGGCUGCGGUGUCAGAGCAGAGCGUGUGUGGGCUGAAUGUUGGGGUUCCUGGGCCGCGGACUUGGGCUGUCUCCGGGGCGGGGGGCGCCUCCCGGAUGUUGGGGGGGCCCGCCUCCCGGAUGUCGUGUGUGCUGUAGCUGAGCCAGAGGGAGAGAGUUCAUAGAGUGGCCUUCACGCCGAUGGCGGCAUUUUGUUGUCAGUAAAGCACAGGUGCUUCCCGUGUCCUUCGGGGGUUAAGGUUCCAGACAGACCACUUGUGCCCCGACUCCCACCCGGCCUGCGGAAAGAGGCUGAGAGGCAGGAGGCCCCUCUCCCAGCCGGGACGUUUGGAGCAGGUACAAGGGACCUUGCCUGAGGGUCUCGGCACCCCCGCCGGAGGUGAUGGGGGACUGGGAGGGAAAUCCUGGGACCUUGGGGGUGAUUGCAGAAUUCUGCUUCAGUUCCUUUGGGGGGACAUGCAGAUUAGCCGAGAUGGAGACUUGGGGAUCGUGGAGAGGGAGGUGUGCCCGUUGGCCGGGAUGUGGCUCCGAGCCGCCUCCCACGUUUCCAGACGCAUGGGGCCGGGCUCCCCCAUUUCAUCGUCCGUUUUCCUUUUGCUUUGGUUUCCGGCCCUGCCCAGGUCCUUGCGGAGCUUGUCCCAAAUCCGUCAGAAAUCACACUGUCGGUCCCUUUUCCCCCAAAGGUUCUCUGUUACGGGGCCACUGUCCCGCCUGGGCCCGAUGAGCAGGACAGGGCCCCCACUGCGCCGCGUUUCCAACCAGUCCGUUACUUGUGUGCAUGGGUGCGGGGGAGGGGUGGUGGAGAACAAGGAGGGUUUGGGUUUUGGCCUAAAUAAAUGUUAUAAAUUUUGUGUA